GUCUGUGCCACAUACUCACACACAGUGACACUUGGCCUUGUGUAUGAAGUGGUGUGGGACUGGAGCUCAGGUUUCAACACCAGAUGGACUGAAUAGUUUGAAGCUGCUAAGAUAAAGAAAUAAAACAUUUUUCAUUUAAAUCAGCAACACAGAGGUUUGACAUUCAGAAUUUAGUAAAAAACUAAUUAAUUAUCAUUUCAUCAUUGUCAGUUUCAGUUGUGUGGCACAAUGAUGAUAGGAAAUUCGACUUUUUCUUAUUUUGUUCUUGGAGGUUACAUGCAGGUUGGAAGUUUGAGAUACUUGUAUUUCGUGUUGACUGCAGUGACAUACAUGUCUAAUGUCGUUUCCAACACAUGUGUAAUUGUGGUUAUCUGUAUGACCAGAAGUCUCCAUGAACCUAUGUACCUGUUUCUGUGCAGCCUGUUUAUAAAUGAACUGUAUGGUGGUGUAGCAUUUUUUCCAUUUCUCCUGCUUCACAUUCUCUCUGACAUUCACACUGUUCCUAUUCCUUUUUGUUUCCUGCAGAUUUUCUGCUUAUACAGUUACGUAAAUGUAGAAUUUUUGAACUUAGCCGCAAUGGCAUAUGACAGGUAUGUCGCCAUCUGCUGUCCUUUGCAGUAUCAUACUCAUAUGACAACAAGCAAGGUGUUAAUCUCUAUUUUCGUUCUAUGGUUGUACUCGUUUGCAAAAGUUCUAGUUACUGUUUUCUUAAACAUCCAAUUGACACGUUGUAGAAACAUCAUGGAUGAAGUGUAUUGCAAAAACUACUCUGUUGUUAAUUUGGCUUGUUCUGACACGACAGUGAACAACAUCUAUGGACUGUUCAGUACCGUCAUCACCAUCUUAGUCCCUCUGCUUCCCAUCCUCUUCUCCUACAUGAAGAUUCUACUGGUCUGUUUCUCUGGUUCUAAAGAGACAAGACAGAAAGCUAUCAGUACCUGUGCACCUCAGCUGGCCUCUCUGCUCAACUUCUCUUUUGCUUGUUUUAUUCAUAUACUUCAGAGUAGGAUGGUUGUAAGUGGUUUUCCCGAAGUCCUGCAGAUUUUUCUUUCUCUGUAUCAUAUGAUCAUCCAACCAAUACUGAAUCCUUUAAUGUUUGGAUUGCAAAUAUCCACAAUUCGUAACGCCUGUAAAAAUCUCUUCUGUCAUAACAAACAACACACAGAUCUGAUGUAAACAAUAAUUGAUAUAUCUUUGUCAUAUUUAAUUUAGGUUUGAUGCUUAAACAGACUGUAUAGUUUGCAUGACCUGUGUGUUUCACUGUCACUGAA